AGUCAGUAGUCAGCCGCCAAGUCAAGAAGCUCCAAAGUCAUCCAAGAUGAGCAAAGUAGUUCUCCUAAUCGUGGUCAUCAUUGGCGCACUUGGCUGCCUUGCGGUGGCCCUGCCCCAGCGUCCGUAUACCACGCCACUGAUCUACUAUCCACCUCCACCGCCGCCACCCCGAAUCUACAGGGCGCGCCGCCAGGUGCUGGGUGGCUCACUGACAUCCAAUCCGAGUGGUGGCGCCGACGCCCGAUUGGAUCUAAGCAAGGCCGUAGGUACUCCCGAUCACCAUGUGAUUGGUCAAGUGUUCGCAGCGGGCAACACCCAGACCAAGCCGGCAUCCACUCCCGUAACCAGCGGCGCCACACUGGCCUACAACAAUCAUGGACACGGCCUGGAGUUGACCAAAACCCAUACGCCCGGUGUGCGGGACAGCUUCCAGCAGACGGCCACCGCCAACUUGUUCAACAACGGAGUCCACAAUCUGGAUGCCAAGGCAUUUGCCUCACAGAACCAGCUGGCCAAUGGCUUCAAGUUCGAUAGGAAUGGAGCUGGCCUGGAUUACUCGCACAUCAAUGGUCAUGGAGCCAGCCUGACGCACGCCAACAUACCCGGACUGGGCAAGCAGUUGGAGCUGGGUGGACGGGCCAAUCUCUGGCAGUCGCAGGAUCGCAACACCAGGCUCGAUCUUGGCAGCACGGCCUCCAAGUGGACAAGUGGACCCUUCAAGGGCCAGACCGAUCUGGGCGCCAAUCUGGGGCUCUCCCAUUACUUUGGCUAA